AGGAGACGGCGCUGGAGAUGAUCCGCACCAUCCGUGAGGCCUUCAACGAGCUGCUGAGCGAGAACCACUGGAUGGACGACGAGACACGCGCCGUGGCCAAGGAGAAGGCGGACGCCAUGAACGAACGCAUCGGCUACCCGGAGCUGCUCACCGACCCCGCCGAGCUCAGCAAGGAGUACGUCAUGCUGAACAUCACAGAAGAUCAGUUCCUACUAAACAUACUCAACGUCCUACGAUACGAUGCCUACCACAAUCUACAGAAGUUGAGGCAACCUGUCAACAAGGACAAGUGGUCAACAGAGCCUGCAGUAGUCAACGCAUUCUACAAUCCCAAUAAGAAUGACAUCGGGCGGCAGUUCGACAAGGACGGCAACAUGAUGCAGUGGUGGAACAACGCGACGGUGCGCGCCUUCCGCGAGCGCGCCCAGUGCAUCAUCGACCAGUACUCGCGCUACAAGCUGGACGAGGUGGACCUGUACGCGUACCGCAAGUGGGUGGCGGAGCACGGCGAGGAGCCGGCGCUGCCGGGCAUCGACCUCUCGCACGACCAGCUCUUCUUCCUCAACUACGCGCAGAUCUGGUGCGGCUCGAUGCGGCCCGAGGACGCGCUCAGCAAGAUCCGCUCGUCCGUGCACUCGCCGGGCCCCAUCCGCGUGCUGGGCCCGCUCUCCAACUCGUGGGACUUCGCCGACGCCUUCCACUGCCCGCCCGACGCCCCCAUGAACCCGGCCAACAAGUGCUCCGUGUGGUAGGCGCCGGUGCUCUGGCCCGCCCCCCGCCCGCCCACGGCCACAGGUGGGCGAGCGAGGCGUUCGGAGGGUCGAGCGAAAUGCCUGCUCGACCCAGCGAGGUGUCAGACUACCACGCAGGGGAAAUGCUGUCGAAGAAAGGAAGUUAAAAUUUGACACGCUAAGCGAGCUCCUCAAACGAGGUACCUGCUCGACCCGUCGAAAUGAAAAUCGACGAGCUAAUAGACUAGCACGCCGAGAAAAUUCGAUUUAAAACAAUUGACACAUACUCUCCACUUUGGCAUGCUGAACAAGCUCGUAUCGUUCGAUUGUUCUAGUAAGAUGUCUGCUCGACCUGACGAGGUGGAAACCACCGAGCGAGCUUACAUGCCAAAACGAGGCGAGGAAAAUGCAGUCAUUAAAAAAUGGAGGUUAAAAUGCGACACGCACUCUCGUUGUUGACCGUGCAAAUUGCCAAGGUGAACAUCAAUUAUGCAGAAAAUAAACGAUCAUGCGACAGAUAAAACAGGUUAAAAAUUGUCUAUGCUUUCUGAACGACAUUUAUAAUUAUAACAUCAGACGUAAGGACGAUUCUCUGCAGUAAAAUGCUAUGCUAAGAAUGUUUACAACAAAGACAUUCUAAAUCAACAAAAUAUUUUUUUCUCGAUUCAAAAGUUAUAGAUAAAUUAAAUUCAUAUUUCAAGUAAAUGAAUUAUUUUGUAACUUCCAAUAUAUUUCUCGGCUGUUAACAUUGUAUUUCAAAACUGCACUGCCCUAGGGUUUGCCAAAACAUCUUUUGUGAGCCAAGUAAUAUGGAUAUAUUAUCUCUUCCUCAGAAGCCGUGAUGAAGUUACUUACAUUUAAAAAUCAUUAAGAAGUUGGAGACGAAGUGCAAGGUGAACGAAUCAGUCUGACGGUACCUCAGAACAGGGUGAGAAGAAUUCUUAAUGUUUAGACAAAAUCAGUUAUAUUUAAUUUCACACAAAAUUACCAUAAUUAACUUUUUGCACUUCCAUACGUAAACUUUUCAUCUUAUAUUUGUAUCUUCAUUGUUAAUGCAUUUUCUAGGACGAUUUGAAGAAAUUUUAACUUUUUUACUCCCCAAACAGAUAACUCCUCAAACAUUCUUGUGUGAAAAACUGUCGAAUACUUCAGCAGAGUAUACUUUAGAAGCAUCAUGGAAUAAUGUGACAAAACAUUUCUUCUGUUAUAAGUAAUCCUUUUUAAGCUGUCGUAUAUUAAUCCUCAACAUCAGAUAAACGUAUAUAUUUUCAUUAAUUUUUUUUAUUUAAAUGAGAUAUCACUGAAAAUUCAGUCACCUCCCGGCAGAAGACUAUUUUUACUGGUCCUUAUGCCCACCGUAGAAUGCUUUUCAUUACGAUAAAUUAAGUUUUGUCUGAACAGCACAAUAGAAUUGGAAAAUAAGAGGAAAAAGAGAUAAUUUUGGAGCUGAAGAAAAGUCAUGUGGAACUGUUAGGCGAUCAGCAUUUCAAAUUCACAUCAUAUCCCCGAAGUUCCAUGAAAAUGACAAUCCGUGAGUUACGAACUUCUCCUUUCCUUGCAUUUCAAGUGUCAUUCUGCUGCACGCUAGGAUGCUGUAUAUCCCUAUCUUACUGAAUGUAAUCGUCAGUCGAUUCAAGACUAACGACGGAAUUCGCGUAGACUCUGAUUUCAAUUUUAAAAAUACAGAACGAUUUAAGUAAAAUCCGUUCGAUUUAUACGACUACCGUGCACACAAAAACACGAAAACUGAUUCAAUAUUUACAUAUCAUGGAACUCUUUUACAAAGCAGACUGUUUAACUUUUUAAGAUUCCCAGAGGAAUAGUUCUAAUGAAGAUAUUAAUUUAAUAAAGUAUAUUUGAAAUAUAUGUGAUGAAAUAUAUUUUCGCUGUAUUGAAAAAAUUAUUGUUAAAAAUUAAAAUAUUUCGCUUUUUGUUACAUUUUCUACUUUAAUUUCAAAUUUACAUGUAAUGGCGUGAUUAAAGAGAUUUGCCAUAUUUUAGUAUAUUAUUCAUAAAUUCAUAUCAUUUUACCAACAAAAAUAGUGUUACAAAUCACCUUGCACUGUAGUCUUCCUCGAUAAUCAAAACGGUUGCGAGAAACGAGUAGAAAUAUUGUUGAAUAAACCAUAUUACUUCUACCACAUUUUUGUUGUUAGUUUGAAAAUAAAAGCGAGUAGUCUUCACUUGUGCUGAUAGUGAAUAUAAUUUUUAAUGAAUAUAUUUAUGAACAAAGGUUCAUUCGAAACGCAAUUCUUGAAAAUAUGAAUUAACAACUCAUGAGAAAUUUGAAAAAAUCCUUUGCUUUGUACUAACAUUUCUUAAAAAUCUCUUCCUCAUUCCUCAUAAAUAAGCAACGUUCGUGUCGUUGUGUGUUGUCAACUUAACAAAAAAAGUAACACACUGCACUCCCUGCGGAGACUGAUACGAAUAAAAAUUCCCUUUCACAAGAUGCUUGUUCUGCAACGGCAGCUCUAAUGAGGAAGGAUAAUGAAAAGGGAGGUGGCCCUAGGGAAGUGAGAAGUUGGUCGAAAAAUGCUCGUCUGAAAGCAACAAACUUAAAGAAGAAAUUUCAAGCAGAAAUGGCUGCAUUUUCAUUAAUCAUUUAAUUCUUGUGCGUACCUCGAAUGUAAUUUUGUUAUAUACAGAAACUUACUUCACAAUUGAAGGCAGUGAAGAAGCUAAUGAGUGUUGUUGUUUUUGUUUUUUAGCGUUAUUAAUGCCAAUCAAGAUGUGUAAAAUAUUUUCAUGCCUAAAGUACAAUGCAGAAUGUUUUGAUGGUAGAAGUGAUAUACACAAUUCUGAAGAGAUUCUCUAUUAAUGUACUGAAAGUGACACUUCAACUAUUUGAUUCAUUCUAACUGUGAAACCAGUUUCACGCCAAUUGCAGGACAAUGGAUGGGUUGCCGUGCGGUCAUCUGCCGUGCAGUGGCCACAAGAGGGUUUUGCGCACAAUCCUGAUGAUGUAUAUUUUAUGUAAUACUCUACUUACGUCAAACAAUGUAACUAUAUAAGAAAUGCGUAGAGCAAUUUUUAAAGCAGACGAUAUAACAUUCAUGUUGUGAUUAUAUAUAAAUAUGAAGAGGAUCAAAUCCUUUCUCCAAAUUUUCCAUAAUGUCGCAUAUAAUAAGAUGUUACUAUUGCUUUUUUUCAUAUGCUGUACAUUAAUACAUUAACAUUUUACUAUUAGUUUUAACUAUGAAAUUGUAUAUUAUAUCAAUUAGAUUUUAAUAAGAGUAUUGUGAAGGUAAUCAAUUCUCAAGUACUAGAUGUUUCUAUGAAGCAAAUGUUUCCAACUUCGCAUAUCACACACAUCCAUAUCAACAAACUUUUAGUAAUGAAAUGUUACUUCGAUAAAUGAAAUUAACCAUCAAUUGUCUUCAGACUUUCUCUCCAAUGUAGGACUCGCCUACAAAAACGAGCAUCUUAUUGCUGAAGUUGCGACUGUUUUUGCUAAUAAAAGUUUCGGUAUUUGAUCUCUCAAACUGAUGACUCACGUUUUUGUUUUUCAGAGAAAAGGAACGUCAGGAGCGGAUCUACAUGAACAUUUAUUAAAACCUGAAAAAUAUGAUGCUCGAAAGGAAAUUUACGUUAUCGUGAGGAUUCAGAAGUGAAAUGAAUUCCUGUUCUUUUGCUACACAUUAGUUCUCAAAAACUGCAGAUCCGUUGCUGUCUCUUAGAAAAGGAGAGAUCGGGGCUUUUUCAGAACUACUUGUCAAUAUGCGUAAGCUUAAUUAUGUCAUAAAGAAGUUUUAGAUAAGUAAUUCACCUACUAGUUCUGGUACAGUUACGUUGUCUCCACUAAAUUCUAUCACAGUAAAUAUGAUUUCUUAUUUGGAAAGUGACUUUUUUCAACUUAAGGACUGGCAAGUUUUCGUCUACCCAACAGUUUUACAAUUAUAAAAUUCAGGUGAAUAAUGUAACAAUCAGGGGAUUUGGACCCAUUAUUGUCACGUGUAAAUAAUUACUCUGAGUUUGCAAUUUUUUUUUCAAUGACCAAAAAUACAAUUGUAAAUAAAUCGUUUGAAUGAAGUCUUCGCCAAUGAACCGCAAUGGGAUAAAUUCGGUUCUUGUAUUUUUCGGUAGCUUGUUGUUAGAUACCAUUAAUUAGUCUACAAGCCUUUCUUCACUUCGUUAACACAAGGCACAACGGAGUUGCAAGCAACCAGCUUUACACAAGGUAGACAGUUGAAAAAAAAUUAAAAAGCUGUUUUAGCGACGCCCUUGGGUUGUUGCUGCCCGAAUGAUUUUCGAAACAUAAUUCAAUGACCCCACUUCUCCAGAAAGGAAAAAAAGAUGGACAAUUACCCUUAAAAUAAAAGUCCUAAAUUCUCCAUUCCCACCACCAUCACUUGUCGUAGUCUGACAUUUUUUGUACACAUUUAUAUUAUUUAAAGAUAAUAAAAAACAAUUCCUAACUGGGGUCGAGACAUCAAUGAAAUAAAUUAUUGAAAAAAUACUUGUGUAUGUUUUAAUAAGAUUUGAAAACUAUUACAAAUAACAGCUACAUCAUUGAAUAUUUUAGCAGAUCAAAUACAGAUUUAUACAGAUUAAAUUGUUUACAUUAAAACUUCACAUUGUUUGAGCCUAAUAGGUAUUGCCUAAAAAAGACUUAAAAUGACCAAUAGUUCCUCUUCAAAUAUAUUUUUAUUUUUAAACAUUUGUAUAAAUUUCAGAGCAAAAACCUUAAUUCAGUAGUAGAUUAUUUUGAGAGUUUCCCAGUAAUAUUUUAAUCACUCUUACUCAGAACAUGACGCCGUCAUGAAUAUAUGCAGUGCACAUUCUCUGUAAUAAACUUUUUUAUCAAACAUUUCAUUAUUAAGUAUCAUUUUCGUUUGAGUUUUGUC